UUGCAAACUCAAAAUAUAAAAAAUCCUACCAAAUAUUAUCCAUCCGCAAACGACAUAAAGGAUGUACUUAUUUAUAGCAGCAUUCAUGCUCGUAUAUAAGAGCCGAGACAACGACAAUGGUGAUGAUCUAAGUAAGUUCAGAAAAGGGCCAUGGACGCCGGCUGAAGAUGCUAUUCUUAUAGAUUAUAUUAACAGGAACGGAACGGGAAAGUGGAAUGUCGUCGCGAAAAAUAGUGGGUUGCUCCGUUGCGGGAAGAGUUGUAGAUUACGGUGGAUGAACCAUCUUCGGCCAGAUCUAAAGAAAGGGUCGUUAUCUUCUGAAGAAGAGAAGUUGAUACAACUAUUGCAUGAUCAGUUUGGAAAUAAAUGGGCAAAAUUUGUCAAAUAUCUACCCGGACGAACUGAUAAUGAGAUCAAGAACUAUUGGAACACGAGGCUCAAGCGACGAGGGCAACAACCACCACCUGCAGCACAUGAUUCCUGCACUCCUCGUAACAUAACGGAGGUCAGGCAAGCACCAACUUCUAAUCUCGAACUUAUUAUGGGCGAAUCACAACAUCCUGCCAUCAUCGCCAAUAAUAGAAAUCCUGAUCCUGCAACAACCGUACGCAAUCCCAACUACAGUUAUUGUGAGCUGCCAAAGCGACCAUACGUGUACAGUGAUGGCGGCUCUUGCGUACCUCCGUUACAGACUCAGCGGUUUCCGCUACAAGAUGACGGUUCUUGCUUUCAGCCGUUAUCGACUCCAUGGCUCGAUUCUCCUAGUGCCUAUUCUUCUCCUCCUCUAACUUGGGAGGACAGGCAAUCUUCUUGUAUACUACCAACUUCACAGUUUGAUUCUUCUUGUGCAUAUUCUUCUUCUUUGCCUUCUUUGUUAUCAUACAGUAGUAGUACUUGUACAUACCCGCUACCGACUCCACAGUUUGACUCACCGUCUGCCUAUUCGUGUUUAUCUGCGGACAGUAGGCAACCUGCAUAUCCUUCAUCAAGUCAGCGGUACAUAGAUUCUCAUAACAUUGCCCAUUCUUUUCCUUCGCCUAUCAUCAUGGAUCAAACGUUGCAGCAGCAGGGGAGGGGGCUAAUUGCAAGCACAUCAAAUGCUAACAUGGAUGCGUCGGCUCAUCAAGCACAUCAGGAACAAGCAGGAACAGAUGAAGAAGCCUUCAUACCCAACCAAUUAGAGGAGGAUCAAAUGCCUACUACACCUACACAUGUUAUUCAUCCAAACCAUCACUUACAUCCAAACCGUCACUUACUCCAUUAACAAAAUUUGACGCAGGAUGAUACCACAAGGCUAUAACAAGAAGAAAUUAGAUUUAUUGCAGAAAUACAUAUGUUUUACUUUAUUAUUUGAUAUUAUAGGAAAUAUCACUGCUUGCAAUAGGGACUUUUUUUGAGGAUAUUCUUUUUUGUGUA